GACAAUAUGUACAAUAAAAGUACACCACUGGUUCGGCAAGAAUUUCCAUCUCAAUAAUCUGAGACAUUUAUUGUUAAAUAAAUUACCUGUGUGUAUAAAUAAAGAUACGUGUCGUGAUAACGAACCACUUAUGCGCUGAGCCUAGGUGUGCUGUGUUUAUUCACGGCGGCGCUGAAUUUACAUUGGCAUUACAGUAGUUACCUAUCUGGUACUCGGAGCACGUGAACAAUAAAACUCGAGUUUCAAACAAUAGUUACAGCACAUUAGCUAGCACAGUGAGCAUGUCGGACAGCGGCGACAGUGAUAUUGUGUGGACUCUGUACAAGGAUAGGCCUGAAUGGAAAGACAUAACCCCUGUGCCUGAAGACGAUGGACCAAACCCAGUUGUAGUCAUUGCGCACUCUGAAAGAUUUGAAGAUGUUUACGACUAUUUCCGUGCUGUGCUGCAAAAGAAUGAGAAAUCAGAAAGGGUUCUACAGCUGACCAAAGAUGCGGUUGAACUCAAUGCGGCUAAUUAUACAGUCUGGCAGUACAGGAGAGACAUACUGAAAUCCUUGGGUACUGAUUUGAGAUCAGAAUUAGAUUAUGUGGAAUCAGUAAUAAAACAAUCACCAAAAAACUAUCAGGUGUGGCACCACAGAAGAGUGUUGGUUGAGUGGCUACAAGACCCCAGCCUUGAAUUAGAGUUGACUGGUGAUGCCCUUCUUCAAGACCCUAAGAACUACCAUGCCUGGCAGCAUAGGCAGUGGGCUAUCAAGACAUUUGGGCUCUUCAAUAAAGAAAUGGAUUUCGUUGACAAUCUUUUAACCGAGGAUGUCCGCAACAACUCUGCUUGGAAUCAGAGAUAUUUUGUAGUCAACAAUCAUCUCGGCUGGUCUGAUUUGAAUGUUCAAAGAGAAAUAUGUUAUGCAAUGGAGAAAAUUAAGUUCGUGAAAAACAAUGAAAGUUCAUGGAAUUAUUUGAGAGGAGUCCUGUUGCACGAUAAGAGAGGUAUUAGUGGUAAUGCCGUGGUUACCUCAUUUUGUGAAGAUUUGUAUAAACAUAAGUGCCGUUCGCCAUUUUUAUUAGCAUUUAUCAUUGAUAUAUGCGAUGAAGCCAUAAAAAAAGGUGAGAUUAGCUGUCUACAUAGUCCCGAUAGAGCCAUUGAACUUUGUCAAGCAUUAGCAACGAAAUAUGAUAAAAUUAGAUGCAAAUAUUGGAACUACAUGUGUGAGAAAUUUAAGAUAGCUAAAAAGGAACAAGAGGAAAAGAAAGAACAAAAUGGGGAUGCAAUGGACGAAUAAAGUUACUAUUGUAGAUAGGAGAAACAAAUAUCAACACGAAUCUGAAGUUAAGUUAAGGUUUUAUAGUGUGUUCAUUGAGCAUUUUAAAGCAAUA